AAAGAGUUGGAGAAAUCCACUCUGAUCAACUUAUCUUCAGCUUCGUCUAGUCUACAAAAGCGUCCUGCAAACUCUCCUCCAAUGAUGACUACCCUUACUCUCUCCCCCGCGUACCCCUCGCUUUUUCCCUUCCAUGCUCUAGCUUCGCAAUUCCCCUCUUCCAUGUCCCCCCUCCUCCACGUCCGUCGCCGCCUCGUCUCCCUAGCCGUCGCCGCCGCCUCCGUUCGGCAGGAUUCCCCAACCUGGACCCAGGCUCCUCUGUCCCUCGUACGCGCCGCUUCUGCGGAUUCCUCCCUAUUCCACAUCUCCAUCGACGCCUCCGAUUCCCCUGAUCUCAUCUCCGCUCAUACUACCGCUGGCCAGUAUCUCCAACUCCGCCUUCCUUCGGCCGUCCACGCCAAGCCUAUUUUCCUCGCCAUAGCCUCCCCGCCUUCCCUAGCCGCCACCCGUGGAGAGUUCGAGUUCCUGGUCAAGAGGGUUGAGGGAUCCACUGCCCAGCUCCUCUGUUGCCUUCAGAGCGGGGACGUCGUUGAAAUGAGCGGCGUCAUGGGGCGAGGCUUCGAGAUCGACCGGAUCUCCUCUCCGGACGACGCGCAGACUAUCCUUAUCUUUGCCACUGGAUCAGGGAUUAGCCCUAUCCGUUCCCUCAUUGAGUCAGCUUUUAGUGCAAAUGAAAGGCCGGAUGUGAGACUUUAUUAUGGAGCUAGAAAUCUUCAAAGAAUGGCAUAUCAGGAUAGAUUUAAGAAUUGGGAGUCUUUGGGUGUUAAAAUUGUUCCUGUUUUGUCCCGGCCGGAUGAUAGCUGGAAAGGUGAAAAGGGUUAUGUGCAGGCCGUUUUUUCAAGAGCCAAGCAGAUCUUAGACGCUUCAUCAACUGCAGCAGUUCUCUGUGGGCAGAAGGCUAUGACUGAGGAAGUUGCAUCCGUGCUCAUGGCCGAUGGUGUACCACAAGAUAAAAUUUUGAAAAACUUUUAAUGCUUUUUAGCAUUUCUUUCUUUUUUUGUGUUUAUUUUUUAUUUAUUUUUAUACCAAGCCUGUUGCAGAAUAAAGGCUGCGCACCACAUAUGUUGUAUAAUUGCCUGUAUUGAAUUUUUAGGCCAAUUUGCAUACUACCCAACAACUAUCAUCAAAUUAGUUUUAGUUAUUUUAUUAGGAAAUAGUUUGUCUUUUUAAACAGCAUAAAUGCGCAAAAUUUUGUGUAAAUGUAC